AGUGGGUGGCACACUUCUCUUCUCUCCGUCUCCCUCCCGGUCAUCGAUUAGCCGCCUGAAAUGACGAAAGUGCGCCUCCCGCCGCAGACCAGACCGACCACCGAUCGACGACUUCUCUCCGCGGCGCACCACGGAUUAGCCAAAAAUAAGCGAGAGCGAGUACGAGAGAGAUUGAGAGAGAGAGUCAGAGAGAGAGAGAAGAAACUGCUCUCGAGAUCUCACCGGCGAGGCGGGGCGAGAUCUGGUAAGAGAGAAGGAGGGAGGGAGGCCGAGAGAGCGAGAUGCACGACUUCUGCUUCACGAUCCCCUACGGCUUCGCCGUCCUGGCCGGCGGCGUGCUGGGCUACGCCCGCCGCGGCAGCACCGCCUCCCUGGCCGGCGGCGCGGGCGCCGGCGCGCUCCUCCUCCUCGCGGGCUUCGUCAGCCUCAAGACCUUCGAGAAGCGCCGCAACUCCUACCUCGCCCUCGCCCUCGAGACCCUAUGUGCACUAGCUUUGACUUAUGUUAUGGGGCAGAGAUACCUUGAGACUUCAAAGAUAAUGCCAGCUGGUGUCGUUGCUGGCCUCAGUGCUUUGAUGUCUGCGUUCUACCUGUUCAAAAUUGCAACUGGUGGCAACCAUAUCCCACCGAAGAAAGAGUGAACCAGGCUUUGCUUGUGAAGCAUGUUUUGUUAUACUCUAAGACUACGACAGAUUUGUGUUGUGGAGUUUCAUUGUAAGUCCAGUGAUCAGCAAAGCCAUUUUUCGCCUGUAAUUCUUUAGAGUGCACUUCUGAUGUCUGAACAAUGUAAAAGAAUUAAAUAUUUAACUUCCUACGGUACGUGUAUAUGAAUGAUAUACUCCUGAACUUUUUAACUGGCCUUCCUCCCCCUAAUCUCUAUAUACCAAACAUAUAUAUCCAUUGAUGGAUGUAAUGGUAGACCUGAUGGUGUUUCCACCAUCAUAUUCAA